AUGCCUAUGAACAUUGACGGAAUAGAAGAAGGAGAGUCGUUCGCCAUAGAAAACAAUCAUAAUAAUCCUCAGCAAGAGGAACAGGAUUCUUCUCCAGCGAAGGCCGGGUUCUCUGCAAAGGUAAUGAAAUGGGGACUACUCAUUUUAAGCUGCACACUGAAUAUGUUAGGAUUGGUAGUUGGACCUUUACUACUUAGACUCUAUUUCUUACAUGGUGGUAGUAGAAAAUGGUUAUCUAGUUGGUUACAAAUGGCUGGUUUUCCUAUAUUGACCAUUCCACUCGCAAUCUUCUACCUGCGACGUGACCGGAAACUACUUAUUACCGAUUUCUUUGCUUCUCGGAAGCUUUUGGUCUACGCUGCACUGAUAGGCUUGAUAUAUGGAAUUGUCAAUUUUAUGUUCUGCUAUGGUUUAUCCUACCUUCCUGUAUCAACAUGGUCUCUCCUUGUUACAACCCAACUUGUUUUCACAUCCUUGGUUUCGUUCGUUUGGGUUAAACAGAAGUUCACUCCGUAUACGAUGAACGCAAUUGUAGUUAUAAUAAUGGGUUGUAUACUGCUUGGUAUAAGAAGAGCCGGUGAUCGUCUCCCCGGUGUCACAAAUUCUCAGUACUUGUUGGGUUUCUUUAUAACUGUAGGUGCUGCUUCAAUUUUAGGAUUCAUUAUGGUGAGCACCCAAGUUGCUUAUGCUAAGGCCAACCAGGCCAUGACUUAUCCUAUUGUGUUGCAGUUUCAAGUUUGGGUGGCCUUGUUUGCUACAUUAAGUUGCACGAUUGGAGGUCUGGUAAACAGAGAUUUCUCGGCGAUUCAUAGAGAAGCAAGUGAGUUCGGUUUAGGAGCGAAAGCUUACUACCUCGUGUCAUGA